GUUGUCUGGGUAACGUCAUUGUUGUGCGACGCUGCUGCCUCUUCCCUUACACGUGAAGUCAGUGAAGUCGUUGGUGAAAUCAUGGCUAAAACUAAACAAAGAAAGAACAAGCGUCUUGACUUCAUGGGGAAAUUUAAGAACAAAGAUGGAGGAAGUGAUGCUUCAGGGCGGCCAAAGAGUUCAGAUCAGCACGUCAAAGAGCAGAGAAAACAAGAAGAAGUCCGAAAGCAAAGGCUUCAAGAACUCCAGGACAGACAGAAAGUCUCUAGAGAACAAGAGCAAAUGAAGAGGAGGAAUUUGCAAAGCUUUCAGAGCGACAUCCUACAGCGGCAGAGAGAGUUUGAGCAGAAGGAGUCGGAUAUGCAGAGUUUGGAGAAAAAUGUAAAUUUUGAAAACGAGAAUUCAAGAAAGACAUAUUACAGAGAAUUUAAAAAGGUGGUGGAGGCCUCGGAUGUGAUUUUGGAAGUUUUGGACGCACGUGACCCGCUGGGCUGCAGAUGUCCUCAGGUGGAGCAGGCCGUCAUUCAGAGCGGAACCAACAAGAAGAUAGUUUUGGUGCUUAAUAAAAUUGAUUUGGUGUCAAAGGAAAUCGUGGAGAAGUGGAUUAAAUAUCUUCGUAACGAGUUCCCCACGUUAGCCUUCAAAGCAUCUACUCAGCAACAAAACAAGAACUUGAAACGCAGUACCGUUCCAGUGACCCAAGCCACCCCUGAGCUCCUCAGUACCAGUGCUUGCAUUGGAGCAGACUGCCUGAUGAAGCUACUCGCCAACUACUGUCGCAACCUGGACAUAAAGACAGCCAUCACCGUAGGUGUUGUAGGUUUUCCUAACGUGGGAAAGAGUAGUUUGAUCAACAGUUUGAAACGGGCACGAGCGUGUAACGUUGGAGCCACUCCUGGUGUCACCAAGUGCCUUCAACAGGUGCAUCUGGACAAACACAUUAAGCUCCUCGAUUGCCCUGGCAUUGUCAUGGCAACAUCAACAUCUGACGCCGCAAUGAUUCUUCGCAACUGUGUGAAAAUCGAACAGCUGGUUGACCCCAUUUCACCCGUUGAAGCCAUCCUGCGACGGUGCAACAAGGCCGAGAUCCUUAAGCACUACGGAGUUCCCAACUUUCGCACGGCUCUUGAGUUUUUAGCCAUGCUUGCUCGACGUCAAGGCAAACUAAGAAAGGGAGGACUGCCCGACACUGACAAAGCAGCAAAGAGUGUGUUGAUGGACUGGACAGGGGGAAGGAUCAGCUACUUCACGCACCCUCCAGAGACACACACUCUCCCCACACACGUCAGCGCUGCGAUUGUUACGGAGAUGGGUAAAGCCUUUGACUUGGAUGAGCUGGAAAAAGGAAAUCAGGAGGUUCUUGCAGAGUCAUCUUGUCCUGAUGUCAAAAUGGGAUUUUGCAUGGAAACCACCGGAAUGACAGAAGGGGGCCAGGGUGAACUGCCUUCUGACCUGGGAAUGUGGGAAGAGCCCGAAUUCAAAGACAAAACUGAAUCCAUGGAGGAUGCCAAGGACAUAGAGUUUGGACCUAUGACAGUGGAGAUCAAAUCUCCGAGGUCAAAGACUCCGUUACCUGGGGAUGCAGCAGACAAGGCUCCAGAUCUGAAGGAUAUUGUGGGUGUGCAUCCUCUACAGCAGGGUCAGGCACUCCGGGCUGCUGGCAAGAAAAGGAAAAAGCAACAGAAAAGAGCAGACAAAAUUUCUGUUAAACUCUCGGACACCUUGACAGCCGCAAUGGAUUUCUCCUUUUCAGAUGACUGAUUAAAACAAAAGAUUUAAAGAAUACA